AUCAAAUCACACCAUCCAAAUCCUCUGCAAUAGACGCAUCACCCAAGCAUUAACCUCAGGGGAAUUGCGCUCUGUGGCUCUACAAGGGCCGGAGAGAGAGAGAGAGAGAGGGCAGGGGUUGAGGUGGGUGCUGAAAAAGGAGGGCAGGAGAUGGAGGAGAAGGAAUUGGAUUACGUGCUGGUACCAUUAGGGUUGGCGGUGUUUGGAAUGUACCACGUUUGGCUCCUCUUUUCCAUACUCCGAUAUCCCACAAGAACCGUCGUCGGACUCAAUGCCGAGAGCCGUCACCAGUGGGUCUUCUCCAUGAUGUCUGAUCCGCUAAAGAAUGGGGUUUUGACUGUCCAAACAAUCCGCAACAACAUAAUGGCUUCUACACUUCUGGCAACCACAGCAAUAACUCUUUGUUCUUUGAUCAGUGUUUUCGUCAGCAACUCAUCAAGUUCUUCCAAUGUAUCAUCACAACUGAUUUACGGCAGCAAAACUCCACUCGUGUCCUCAAUCAAGUACUUUUUCCUCUUGUUGUGCUUCCUUGUUGCCUUUCUGUGCAAUGUGCAGUCUGUUAGGUACUAUGCCCAUGUUAGCUUCCUGGCUACCUUGCCUACGUUACAAGCUAAAAAGGAAUCCAUCGAGUAUGUUGCGAGAAGCUUAAACCGGGGUAGCUACUUCUGGUCACUCGGUUUGCGAGCGUUUUACCUUUCGUUCCCUCUCUUCCUUUGGCUUUUUGGUCCCAUACCCAUGUUUGUGUGUUGCUGCAUAAUGUCUUUUGUGCUCUAUUUCUUGGACACUACUACCAGUUUUACGCGGGACCUUCACAGUCACUCCAUGAAAGAGGAAAUACACACUCAUGAUGUUGGGUCAUUAUGUUGAUGAUGGUCAUUAGUAAGAACACUGCUUUUAUUUACUGUUACUCUCCAAUUGUAGUAUCAAUGGAAGAAAAUUCUCUUGUAAAUUGACUAGCGAAAGUAGACUUUCGUGCGCGUGAGAAGUUUCGCGGACUUCCUUUCAAAAGUAUUAUAUCAGCAACAAUAGGUAUUUGUUGGAGUUUGUCCCA